ACACACAUACUUCGUGGACUGGAGUGUUUGCUAUAUAAAACCACCGGUUGUUUAUAUAGACACUUGUGAAGGGAUGGAGUUUGCCAUUAUAAAUUAUUCAUGAGCUCUGACGACAUGAUUUGGCAUGCUAAAGGUAUAGAUGAGGUCGAAGGGCGCGGAUGUUUGUGUGAAAUGAACAGUUUAACUGGAUCUUACUUUAUAACACGCCUUAUGACGGAUCAAACCAUAUAUGUAUACAUUUCAGGCGAAUAUUGCAGAUAAAAGUCAGUCAUUUACACCGGGCAUGUGAAUUAUCAAAACGCUAACGUACAACUAGUGUUGGAUGUGAAUUGUUGUUUUGAUUAGAAGAAACUCGUCUGUUUUAAUUAGGAAAGAUAAUUAAUAGGAUACGGUGUUGGCCUGGCCAGACAAAAAAAUCAAAUUUGUGUCUUAUAAACAAAAUUCAAAAUGGAGGAGGAACCAGGCGCUGUCGCCGAUAAGACUGGAUGGAAAAGUUAUGGUUCAAGCCAAACUAUUGCUAUACCUGAAGCGGAACCGGAAGUGAAGGUAGCAAACACCAAAUCGAAAUCCGAAGUAAUUAAACGGGCAAUAAAAGAUAACUUGUUAGUGAUUUUCCUUAUCAUUUCUAUGGGAAUCGGUGUUGGCCUUGGUGCCGGACUGCGUUCGGUUGACCCUCCCUUUACCAAGAGACAGAUUCUGUAUCUUCGUUUCCCGGGAGAUUUAUUGAUGAAUAUGUUACAAAUGCUAAUCCUUCCGCUGAUUGUGUCCAGUCUCGUGUCUGGUCUGGCGUCUUUAGACACACGGUCAUCAGGUCGAAUUGGUCUGAGAGCGGUAGUUUACUACCUGACCACUACCCUCGCCGCUGUGGUCCUUGGUAUCAUAUUAACAGUCUCUAUCCAGCCUGGGACCAAAGGAGGGGAUGUCGAACCCUCAGGCGAGUCUAAAAUUGUGGAGCCUGCGGAUACCUUCCUCGAUCUGCUCAGGCAGUCGUUCCCUAGCAACUUGAUAGAGGCAUGCUUCAGCAAGCCUGUUACCGACCAGGUACUUAGAGUUGAGGAGAACACCAACACAAGUGAUGUAAAUGCAACCGCUGUUUACGAUCCCGUUGUGGAGAUGAAACCAGGGAUGAAUGUCCUUGGCCUUGUCGUCUUCUCCAUCUUCUUUGGUAUCAUCAUUGGCCGUCUGGGGAAGAAGGGCCAGCCCCUGGUAGCUCUGUUUGAAUCUCUUUGUGAGGCCACGAUGGUUCUGGUCAAGCUUGUUAUUUGGUACUCUCCUAUAGGUAUAAUUUUCCUGGUGGCGGCUAAAAUUGUAGAGAUGGAGGACCCAGAGAAGACCUUCCAACAACUUCUCUACUACUUCAUCACCGUCAUGGUUGGUCUCAUUAUCCACGGUUUUAUCACCCUCCCUGUCAUUUACUUCAUAAUAGUCAGACGAAAUCCCUACAGAUUCAUCUACGGAGUCACACAGGCAGUCGUCACUGCCAUUGGGACGUCAUCAAGCUCGGCCACACUUCCUGUCACGAUGAAAAACCUAGAGGAAAAUAAUGGCAUCGAUCCCCGUGUGAUCAAAUUUGUGGCCCCCGUUGGAGCGACUAUAAACAUGGACGGGACGGCAUUGUACGAGGCUGUGGCUGUCCUCUUCAUUGGACAAAUCAGAGGCUUCGAGAUGGAUAUCGGACGAAUUAUUACUGUCAGUAUCACUGCCACAGCUGCCGCAAUCGGUGCCGCCGGAGUGCCACAGGCAGGUCUGGUUACCAUGGUGAUCGUCCUCACGGCAGUUGGCUUCCCGACUGAUGACGUCACCUUGAUUCUGGCUAUUGAUUGGUUGCUGGACCGAUUCCGGACAGCAGUGAAUGUAAUGGGAGAUGCUAUAGGUGCAGGUAUAGUGGACCACCUAUCAAAAAAAGAGAUAAGAAAAAUGGAUCUGCUAGACUCAGUGGAGAACACCGAAAAUGGAGUUUUGAACAUUGGCUAUGAGGAAGCAGAUGUCAAAAUGUAGACUUUUUCUAACGUAUCCUAGUGAAAUGGCGUCAGUGUUGUCACUUGUAAGUCUAACGUUCGUAACGGGACAGUCAUGCUGACUCCUACUGAAGUAGAGAAUGGAGAGUCUCUAUGUAGCAGGAAACAAUGUGUAUGGUUUUACUGACAAAAUGGAGAAAUUAAAACGACUUUUUUUAAGUUAAAUGACUAGCAUGUGGCAGUUCAUCGAAUAUACGUUUAAAACCAAAAUAGGUGGGUGUUAUUCCAUCCCCAAAAUCAUGAAAUAAUCAUUACGACUGUUGAAUAACAAACAGGUUAUACUACACGUGGAAUAAACUCUAAACGCGUUUUGAUUUGUUGACACGGUGACAUUUGAAAGGAACUAUCUUGUUAUCACGUGAUUCAAAACAUUUUGAUUGGCUUACACUUGAAGGCUGCUUCACGGGGUCGCAGAAAUGAUGACACACAAAAAGUAGUUCGCAAUAGUUUUUUGAUAAUUCAUUUUUAUACAGAUUUCUAUCAAUUUAUUGCUUUGUGUUAGAAACAGGUCACACAAACUCGUGGUUUUGUAUAUGUUAUUUCUUUCUCUCCCAUUAGUUAUUUUUCAAAAAUUACAAAAAAAACAACAACAACAAAAAACACUCACUGAAGCACGUGAUUUUUUGCAAUUUUUGAAAAAUAACCAACUCGACUGAAAGAAACGGUUUACAAAAAUUAUUCGUUGUGUGACCUUUACACAUCAAAGAUCUAAAUUAUGAUGAAAAAUAUUGUGUUAGUUCGUUCACGGUUUUAUUAUAUAAUGAAAACAAGUGGGUAAUUCUGGUAUGGUAUAGUAUAAUGACUGGUUAAAGGCAUUUUAAAGGGAGGUAACUACAUCUUUGUAUAAAUAGUAUUCCGUAUCAAAAGCACCAGUUGCAAUAUAGUUAUGAAUGACUUCGCAAAUUCAAGUAUAUAUAACAAGUUCGUGCCCAAAAUGAAACUGAUUGCAGGCUAAUAUUGAAACAGACGUUACAGCAACAUAAUAUUUGCAGUGAAUAACUAAUAGCUAUGACAAGAUAACUCGUACAUUUUCUACAUGUUGUGUGCAUCAAUUACCAUCCGUAAAAACUUAUUUUACCUGGUCAACAUUACGUCAACUUAAGAUAAAAUACAUGUAACAAGUAAGUAACCAUUUCAUCACUUCCUUGUAUUUUGACGAAAAAAAUACCUGUGACAGAAGUCAACUUGCUGGACAUUUAGAUAUUGUAUAAAAAGAUUUAGUGUGAAAUAAAAGAAAAAUAUAUCAAUG